GGCGUCCCCGGCUGUGAUGCUUCACUCAUUUCCACAACGCCAAAAGAAGUUCCAGGCGAUAUCGAAGCCGUCUCAUGGCGCAAGCACGGGUUCGUCAACCGGCGGCCGAGUAAGACAUUUGCCAGCGGGAGAUGGUCGGCUUCCAGGUGGCGAAUAUCUCACGACGAGGUGCGCUUAGGCGCCUGCAGAGCCGUGCAAAACACCGAAAACCGAUGAAUAGUUUCGGCAGCCGAAGAGGGCUGAUGGUGUUGAUGCUUGCUGGUGGGCCGGCCGCCACGUUGUGCCGAAUCCGAGCAGUCAGGAGACGAGAGGCGAAAGAAAUCAAGUAUCAGGGAGGGUCUCAACGGGGGCCAGAAAGAGGAAUCAAGAGACCACAGGCUCGGCCGAGUGCUCGGGAGAGGCAGUGUAGGCGACUGCAGCGGCGAUUUAGACGCUGGGCAAUGGUAAUACAACGGAAUAGAAUGACUCCAGAAGUCUGGAAAAUCAGACAACCAGGCAGGCGUCCAGGGUUUGUAUGGUUUUUGGGGGGGCGGGGCGCUUCUGGAAGCGAGACGAGAUGAGGCAGGACGAUGCGAAGCGCCGCGAUUCGAUGCGAGACGGUGGGAAG